UUGAGGCGCCUGAGUGCUUCAGGCAGAGCAGCAGAAGCAGGAAUAGAGGGAGAGAGAGAGGGAGGGAGAGAGAGAGAGAGGGGGGCACACAGACAUAUACACACACACACAGACGUAUACACACACACACAGACAUAUAUACACAGACACACAGACACAUAAGGAAGAGUCCGGCUGUGGAUACAGAGAGCAGUUCGUGAAUGUGCAGAGACAGAAAAGCAGAACAAUUCUUACUUGCUCAGAUCCAGUGAAUUGAAAGCAGAAAGAGAGAGAGGGAGAGAGAGAGAGAAAAGUAAUUUCUUUUUUCUCGUUGCAAUUAAGGGUUGGACGCGAUGGCUGAGCGCAUGAUGAUGAGCCACGGGCGAUUCGCCGAAGGAAGCAGCGGGCUACACAUUCGCCGGAUGGGUCUGAGUCCUUACCCCCAGCACCAGCACGCUUACAGCGGCUUGAUGAGCGAACACCAGGCAGCCAGCUCCUUGUUGCAUUACCCCGGACCCAGCAAUGUGAACUCCAGCGGCGGCGGCGGCAUGAGGCAUGCCGUGGUGCCUGGCAGCGUGAGCAGGCAAGGUCCAGUGGGGCAUUUGAGCAAUAUGACCCCCAGCAUCAGGUACACAUCCAGGCAGCAGCAGCAGCAACAGCAACAGCAGCAGCAACAACAGCAGCAGCAGCAACAUCACUCUCAUCCUCCCCAUCCCCAGUACAUGGGAGCACCACUCACUGGGACCAACAGCCCUGCCGCACAGCUCGCAGCCAGCAUGCACUUGCAGAAGCUGACCAACCAGUACUACGGCCACCAGCAGCAUUACAGCAUGACAGACCUGCAUCCUGCCAGUGUGUUGAGCCACCACCACCAGCAGCAGCAGCAGCAACAGCAGCAGUACAGGGAAAUAAAGCAUCACAGCCCUUCAGUGCCACCAAGUCACCAUAUGUCUGCAGCAAUACUGCCCCCCAAUGUUAUAGACACGGACUUCAUCGAUGAAGAGGUCCUCAUGUCCUUAGUCAUUGAACUGGGUUUGGAUCGCAUCAAAGAACUGCCUGAACUGUGGCUGGGACAGAACGAGUUCGACUUCAUGACUGACUUUGUGUGCAAACAGCAACCCAGCCGAGUGAGCUGCUGAGGGAGAGAGAGAGAGAGAGAGGAGAGUGCAAAAAGGAUUUCUGAAAGAAAAAUGCAAAAAAAACCAGACUUCCAUCUACUGAUCUGGAAGAUGUAUCUUUGCAACUUGAGAGAGAAAAAGAAUGUUGUUUCUGUUGUUUAAGAAGCCACUCAUCAGCUGAGUGUUGGUGGUGACUUUUGUUCCAUUCUGUUUGAUAAACCUGUUCACUGCACAUGUAACCAUUCUACAUGUAACUUUAUUUUUGAUGUCUUUAAUGGUCUGUUAUAUAUUCCUUUUUAAUUUAAAAACAAAAAUAAAAACUUAAACCAA